AUGGGAUGCAUAUACUCGAAGGCGAUUGCACGAUCGAUGAGCGUUAGAGACGAACUAAGUGAUCAUGGCUUCCGAAGCUCGGCAGUCGCUUGGGAAGAGUUACUCUCUUCCCAUAGUGGCACGGACCAGCUCUUUGCCUUGGUCCGCUCGGCAACACAGAGGCCAAGCGAUAUGACCCUACCAUCUGCACGUGAUCCUGAUGGAAAACGAGACUCUGGCACAUUUACUAGGUCAAGAAGCUAUGACCAGAUGACUAGAGAGUCCGGGCACAAGCUCGACUGGGAAUACAAGAGUCAGACGGGUUCUAGAAGCUUCCACACGGUGGAGGAAUACGAUGCCAUGCUCGAGAGGAUUCAGAAAUUCAGAACAAGGAGUGUACAACACUUUGAGGACUGCAAUUCACCCCAAGAUGUUGUUGGCGAUAAAAGUCGAACCCGAGAGCCACAUGGAAAUAAUUUUGAAGAUCUUGAGAGAGUUGUGCAAGUUGAUAGUAGCACGAGAGAAACGGGUUGGAAGAGGAAGGCCGCGGUUAAGGGGCUCACCCCACUCGAUGUGCCGUCUAUCGAGUUCCCAGCAGGCAUCGGGAGGAACGAGAGGCAGCUGGUUGAUGUGGAAGGAGAGCAAAUUUAUUCGGCCGAGACUUACGUGACUCCCAAAUUCGGGAGUUAUAAUGGAAGAGUUUAUUCUAGAAUGCAAGAAGGAGAUGGUACAGGGGAGAAUCCGGUUUUCAGUCGAGAACUGUUGGCAGCAUUUGAGGAUUGCAUGCAGCAGCUACAAGAAGAAGAAGAGAGCAUCAUUUGGCAAAUUGGUGCGGACUCGCUGGCCGAGGACGAAAACAGUAAGCAAAGUUCUCACGACAGAUAA